AUGAACCAUUGCGGUGUUAUUUUCGAUAUAUUAGUCACGUCAACAACAACAACAUCAACAUCGACAACAUCAACAACAUCAACAUCAACAACAACAUCAACAUCAACAUCAGCAACUACAACUCCAUGCAAUAGAUUUUCGACGCAAGUAACCUAUUCAACUGGCACUAACCCGAUUUCGGUGGCAGCAGCCGAUGUCAAUGGAGACAGUAAACUCGAUAUUAUUGUCGCAAACGACGGUUCAAACAACGUCGGUGUUCUCCUCAACAAUGGUAAUGGCACGUUUGCUGCUCAAGUGACCUAUUCAACUGACUCUCACCCGCGGUCUGUAGCAGCAGCCGAUGUCAAUGGAGACAGCAAACUCGAUAUUAUUGUCGCAAACUACGGUUCAAAGAACGUCGGUGUUCUCCUCAACAAUGGGAAUGGCACGUUUGCUGCUCAAGUGGCCUAUUCAUCUGGCUAUAUGCCGUAUUCUGUGGCAGCAGCCGAUGUCAAUGGAGACAGUAAACUCGAUAUUAUUGUCGCAAACGACGGUUCAAAUAACGUCGGUGUUCUCCUCAACAAUGGUAAUGGCACGUUUGCUGCUCAAGUGACCUAUUCAACUGGCACUGAACCGGUUUCGGUGGCAGCAGCCGAUGUCAAUGGAGACAGCAAACUCGAUAUUAUUGUCGCAAACUACGGUUCAAACAACGUCAGUGUUCUCCUCAACAAUGGUAAUGGCACGUUUGCUGUUCAAGUGACCUAUUCAACUGGCACUAACCCGAUUUCGGUGGCAGCAGCCGAUGUCAGUGGAGACAGUAAACUCGAUAUUAUUGUCGCAAACUACGGUUCAAACAACGUCAGUGUUUUCCUCAACAAUGAUAAUGGCACGUUUGUUGCUCAAGUGACUUAUUCUAGUGGCUAUGGGCCAUGGUCUGUAGCAGCAGCCGAUGUCAAUGGAGACAGCAAACACGAUAUUAUUGUCGCAAACUACGGUUCAAACAACGUCGGUGUUUUCCUCAACAAUGGUAAUGGCACGUUUGCUGCUCAAGUGACUUAUUCUAGUGACUCUUCGCCGGUGUCUGUGACAGCAGCCGAUGUCAAUGGAGACAGCACACUCGAUAUUAUUGUCGCAAACUACGGUUCAAACAACGUUGGCGUUUUCUUAGCUAAUUGCAACUGA